CUGUCGAUGUCAGACGAAUCGAACAAGAACAGGAAAUGCAGCAUGAGAGAAAAAGAGAGAUGUGUUGUGUUUGAAGUUAGGUGGCUAACGUGAACUUAAAUUGUCUUUUAAAAAAAAGGAAAAAAAAAAAAGAACAAUUUAAUAUGUUGUCUUGCUGAAGGAAGCGUUUACUUCCUGUUAUAUAUCAUCCGGAAGACUAAACCCGCCUCUGAACAAACAGUCAGACAGGAUGGAUCCAGCUCUACUCAGGGAGCGGGAGCUGUUCAAGAAGAGAGCUCUGUCCACUCCAGCAGUAGAGAAGAGACAGGCUCCUUCAGACUCACACAAGAGGAAGAAGCCCAAACUUGACAAGGAGAGCUCCUCAGGGUCCAAACAGGAGUCCAGUAAUGGAAACAUCAACAUCAAGACGAGCUCUGGGUACAAGUUUGGCUGCCUUGCAAAGAUAGUCAACUACAUGAAGACGAGGCAUCAAAAUGGUGACACACAUUUCCUGACCCUGGAUGAGAUUCUGGAUGAGACCAAACUUCUUGACAUCAGCAUGAAGCAGAAACAGUGGCUCAUGACAGAGGCCUUGGUCAGCAACCCCAAAAUCGAGGUCCGGGAUGCGACGUAUGGCUUCAAGCCGAAGUACAACCUGAAGGACAAGAAAGCCUUACUGAGGCUGCUGGACAAACACGACCAGCUGGGCCUGGGAGGAGUGCUGCUGGACGACGUGGAGGAGGGACUGCCCAACUCAGCCAAGGCCAUAAAGGCUCUGGGAGAUCAGAUCAUCUUUGUGACAAGACCAGAUAAGAAGAAGAUCCUCUUCUACAAUGACAAGCACUGCCAGUUUGUCGUCGACGAAGAAUUCCAGAAACUGUGGAGGAGCGUUCCGAUCGAUUCCAUGGACGAGGAGAAGAUCGAGGAGUACCUGAAGAGACAAGGCAUCUCCUCUAUGCAGGAGACGGGACCAAAGAAAGUGUUACCAGUCCAUAAGAGGAAGAAGCAAGGUGGGCAGAGGAAGAGGCACUUCAAGACCCACAACAACCAUCUGGCAGGGGUCCUGGAGGACUAUUCAGAGGGUGUUCCUGUGAAGAAAUGAAAGUCUCUCCCCCCUCACUGCGUUACGACGUAAAGGGAGAGAUGUCGAGUCUGUAAAUCAGAAAAAGGUUCUCAAAAGGACACACUGCGACACGAGUGUUUAUGUCAAACCAACUAGCUUCUUCUCCUUUCUUUGAGCUCCUCUCAGUGAUCAGUGUAUUACAUGGAGUGAACUGUGUUGUGGAAUCCUUUUUUAUUUUUCUUUCAUUUAUUGAUCAGUGAUAACUGAAGGACACGGGAGCAGGAACCUUUUAAAGACACUAAAUAGCCUUACAACAAGCAUCCUGAAGGGGGGGCACUGCGACUUUAAGUAAAAAAAAAAAAGUGUGUAAAUACUUUUGUCAUUUUGUUCAGUAUUUUGCAAACAGGUGUGUGAGGAAGUGUAACGGCUGCCUUCAGGAGCUGCAGGCGACAGGAUUGUGUUGUUCAGUGCAUCACAUGUGGGGUCACUUCAUCCAGCAGGAAACAACGUGGACUUUUUACUACGAGUGGAAUGAAAACAAUGUGAUUCCUCUGACUUGUAGCAACAUUGCAGAGUUGUUGAAAAUGCGAAAAAAAAAAAAAAAAACUUUUUUGAACUUAUUUUAAUAAAUGACAGUUACAGGAUGCUGCCUCAUUGAUUUA